UUGUUCUCCAAUCCAUAGAGAGGAAAAUUUCUCCCAUCUGCUGCCUUCUUGCUCUUCCCCAAGAAUCAAGAAAUGGGUAAUCACAUUGAGGUCCCUUUUUAGUAGUUUCUUGAGCAGUAAUCCUAGAAAAAGUUGAAAGGGUUAUGAGAAAGAAAAACGGAAAUGGAGGAGGUUGUGAAGAACAAGAGCAGGUCUCUUCAACCAUACGAGUAAAGGUUUAGGUAAGUGAGAAAGACAGUUGAAAAACUUUAACAUGUUUGAUGAUUAGAACUGUUUCUUGAUUGCUAUUGUUGUUGCUGAAAGUUGAAAAAAGAAAGAGAGAAGAGAGGUUGAUGUUGGUUGCCUCAGAUCCAGGGAACUCCAAAAGUUUUGUGUACAGGAAAAAGGCUACAUCUUUCUUGAGUUUCCCUGUGAUUCUUGAAACUUUUUGCCUUCUCUUUCGUAGGUUCUAUCCAUGACCCUUCUGUGUUUUCUUCAUUUCUGGCUUUUCCUGUGUCUAGAGUUCUUCAAAGAUUCUUGAAUUUUUAUGGGGUUUCUUCAAAAUCUGUAAAGAUUUGCCUUCAACAACUGUGUAGAUAUAGAGCCCUCCAGAGAAGAAGUUCUUCUUGAGGUCCAUUCUUAGAUCAUUGGAUUCUUGUUUGUUUAUUAGAUCUGAACCACCCAUUUUCAUUCAUUAGUCUCAUAUACUUGUGUUCUCUUUCGGUUUGUUUUGAUUCAUAGGCAUGGACAAUGGCUAUAAUCAAGAAUCCCUUAUUUCAUCCUUGUUUACUGUUCUGUUGGUGUAAGGGGAUGAAUUAGUCAAACAAUGACAGUUUAUGUGACUUUUGAGGGGGUGUUCAGUAAAUUUAAUUUCAACCCAGAUAGUGAUUUUCAUGGAGGAGAUGCUUCCGGCGGUGAUAGUGCCAUUAAGCUUAGGUAAUUCAAUCUGUAAAACCCUGAUUUUGGAGGAAACCCUUGUAAUAAUCACUGGGAUACAACAAACUAUGGCGGAUAAAACUAGUUUCUUCCAAAAUCAUCCUCAAGAUUCGAAUUAUGAGAAUGAUGGAAAUUGGGUUGCUUCUGAUUCUGCACUCCAAGAAAGCGAAGAUGAACUAAUGUCAUUAGAAGGUGAUCGAAUAUUUGAUAGCUCAUGUACCCUUUCUGUGGUCAGCGAUUCCAGCAGUUUAUGUGGUGAAGAUUUUAUAGCAUUCGAAUCCAUAACUUCUGAAAUAGGUACAUUGGGUUCACAAGAUGCUGAAAAGAAUGCUACUGUGACGGGAUUUGAGGAUGUGACCACGAAAAUUGUUAUUUCGGAGAAAGUAUCGAGUGGGACAGUAGCCCGCAGUGUGUUUGAGAUUGAUUGUGUACCCUUAUGGGGAUUCACAUCUAUUUGUGGAAGGAGACCUGAGAUGGAAGACGCAGUUGCGACAGUGCCUAGAUUCUUGAAGGUUCCUAUUCAAAUGCUAACCGGUGAUCAUGAUUCGGACCGGUUGACCAUGACCAAAAGUCUAAGCCAUUUGACCACCCAUUUCUUUGGGGUCUAUGAUGGCCAUGGUGGUUCUCAGGUUGCAAAUUACUGUAGUGGCCGUGUUCAUACAGCGUUAAAGGAGGAAUUGGAGCCUCUUAUGGAUGGUGAUGGAAGUGGUAUCAGUAAGGAUAAUAUUGUCCAAGAUCUGUGGAAAAAAGCAUUUAUGAACUGUUUCCUUAAGGUUGACGAUGAGAUUGGAGGAAAACAAGCAAAUGUUGAACCCGUUGCUCCUGAAACUGUUGGCUCCACGGCUGUCGUUGCUUUAAUCUGUUCCUCACAUAUCAUAGUAUCAAAUUGUGGUGAUUCAAGGGCGGUUCUAUGCCGAGGGAAAGAAGCCAUGGCACUCUCUGUAGAUCAUAAACCAAAUCGAGAAGAUGAAUAUGCAAGAAUUGAAGCUGCCGGAGGCAAGGUGAUACAAUGGAACGGGCAUCGUGUCUUUGGCGUUCUUGCAAUGUCAAGAUCUAUUGGCGACAGAUAUUUGAAACCUUGGAUCAUCCCAGAUCCGGAAGUGACAUUCAUUCCUCGAGCCAAGGAGGACGAAUGCUUGAUUCUUGCGAGCGACGGUUUAUGGGACGUGAUGAGCAACGAGGAAGUGUGUGAAAUCGCACGAAAAAGAAUACUUGUUUGGCAUAAAAAGAACGGCAUAAGCAGUCUUCCACAAGAAAGAGGGGAAGGGAUUGAUCUUGCGGCCCAAGCGGCUGCAGAAAGCCUCUCGAACCGUGCUCUACAAAAGGGAAGCAAAGAUAACAUUACGGUGAUCGUUAUUGACUUGAAAGCACAGAGAAAGUUUAAGACGAAAACAUGAUAUAAUAGUAAACUUGAAUUCAUAAGUGUACAAUGUUAUUGUUAAGGAUUCAAAACGAAGAGCCCAUCUGUUUUUCACGUGGGCCGAUAUGUUUGUUUGUCGAUGUAAAUGUUUUUAGUUGUUUUUGUAGUAGGAUUAGGGUUUCCUUAAUGUGUUUCCUUAUUGUUCCUCCAAGUUUCAAAGGCUUUGUGAGGUAUUGUACCUUUCUAUUGGAAUAAAAGUGUAGCAUCUAUUAUGUUUGAGAAUUGUUGUCAAUAUCAUAUGUAAUAUGUGUGUA